UGCUCGUCGAUCCGUCUCGAUCACUCGGCUGGUAGCAGCGAGCGAUGGCGCUACGCUUCCUCCUGGAGUACGUGCGGGCGUCCGACCUGGCCGUGGCCGCGGCGGUGCUCUUCGCCUGCAGCGCGGUCGCGAGCCGGCUGGCAUCCCGGGGCGCGCCCAUGCUGUGGCCGGUACUCGGCAUCAUCCCGACCCUCUUCGCGCACCUCGACGACAUCUACGAGUGGGGCGCCGCCGCGCUGGCCCGGUCCGGGGGCACGUUCCCGUACCGCGGCAUGUGGGGCGGGUGCUCCUCGGGCGUCGUCACCUCCGUGCCGGCCAACGUCGAGCACGUCCUCAGGACAAACUUCGCCAACUACCUCAAGGGGCCCUACUACCGGGAGCGGUUCGCGGAGCUGCUGGGGGAAGGGAUCUUCAACGCCGACGGGGAGGCGUGGCGCGCGCAGCGCAGGGCCGCCACGGCGGAGAUGCACUCGGCGCGGUUCCUCGAGUUCUCGUCGGGCACCAUCGACCGGUUGGUGCACAGCCGGCUGGUGCCGCUGCUGAGCAGGCUGACGGAACGUGGGGACGCAGUGGACCUGCAGGAGGUGCUCCUCCGGUUCACGUUCGACAACAUCUGCGCCGCCGCGUUCGGGGCGGACGCCGGGUGCCUCGCCGACGGGCUCCCCGACGUGCCAUUCGCGCGCAAUUUCGAGCGGGCCACGGAGCUCUCGCUCCGGCGAUUCGUCACGCCGCCCUUCAUAUGGAAGGCCAAGCGGCUCCUCGGGGUCGGAAGCGAGCGAGCGCUCGUGGAGGCCGCGCGCGCCGUGCGGGAGUUCGCCGAGUGGACCGUCGCCGACCGCCGAGCCGAGCUGCGCAAGAUCGGGACCCUGAGCGCCCGGUGCGACCUCCUCUCGCGGCUCAUGUCAUCACCAGGCGCCGGGUACUCCGACACGUUCUUGCGGGACUUCUGCAUCAGCUUCAUCCUCGCGGGCCGCGACACCAGCUCCGUCGCGCUCGCCUGGUUCUUCUGGCUCCUCGCGUCGCACCCGGACGUCGAGUCCCGCGUCCUCGACGACGUCCGCGCCGCCCGCGGCGACGUCAGGGGGAUGGACUACCUCCACGCCGCCCUAACCGAGGCGAUGCGCCUCUACCCGCCGGUCCCCGUCGACUUCAAGGAGGCCCUGGCCGACGACGUGCUCCCGGACGGCACGGUGGUCCGCGCGCGCCAGCGGGUGAUCUACUACACGUACGCGAUGGGGCGUGACCCCGCGGCGUGGGGCCCCGACUGCCUGGAGUUCCGCCCGGAGCGGUGGAUGCGGGGCGGCGCGUUCGCGGGGGGCGGGGAGAGCCCGUUCAAGUACGUGGUGUUCAACGCCGGACCGAGGCUGUGCAUCGGGAAGCGGUUCGCGUACACGCAAAUGAAGACGGCGGCGGCGGCGGUGCUGGCGAGGUUCAGGGUGGAGGUGCUGCCCGGGCAGGAGGUGAAGCCCAAGCUCAACACCACGCUCUACAUGAAGAACGGGCUCAUGGUGCGCUUCACCACAAGGGAGCAGCAGCAGCCCGUCCACGUUGUGGCCGCAGGGGAAGAUUGACGAGAAGUUCAGAGCCCCCUUUAAGCUGAGAAGCCCACACAAUUACUCACUAUAAUGAGAAGGAAUAAGCAAGCUAGCUACUCAAGGUUUGAAGCCAUGCAGAUUAAGGUGAUGUAAGCCUAUAAAUACUAUUCACUGUCAAAAUUGUCUAUACUUCAUAUUAAUUUCUCUGUGUGUUCCUUUCGGGAAAGAAAAAGCUUCUCUGUGUGUAUGUUU